AUGCGGGCGGAGGAGCAGCUGGGCGAGCUGCUCUCGAGGCGGAAGGAGGACUCGAAGGCCAACGCUAGGGUUGUCGAGAUCUUCGCGAGCCACCGGCACUCGUGGCAGCAGGAGGAGAAGCGGCUGCUGCUCCAGAUCGACGAGUGCGGCGAGGAGAUUGCGUAUCUGAAGGGGAAAAUCGAGGAAUUCGAGGGCUUGGAGGCCGAUUUGAAGGCGAGGGUAGAGGAUUUGAGGAGGGAGGUCGGCGAGAGGGACGAGAUGUUAAAUUUCAUGAGCAGAGGUGGUUGUGAAGCGGCGGAGGGUGGCGCCGGCGGCGCCGGCGGCGGCGGGGGGGAGAGGUACGGUGGCGUGGAGGUGAGGUACGGCCAGGGUAAUUGUGACGGUGGGGGUUUUGGUUCGGAUUACCUUAGUUCUGUCGCAGAUUCGAAGUUUUGGUCUGAGAAAGCAAGCCUUUGGCAGGACAUGCAUUACGAAUCAAUUGAAUCACUUUACAAUAUGAAGCAUUUUGUGUCCAGAAGGGAAUCCCCUUGGAAAGUCAAUGGUGACUCCACCGGAGUCUCUUCCAAGUUAAAAGUGCUCGAGCAAGAAUUACUGAAUCUAGAAAGAAUCGGAAAAGCAGAUCUCUCUAAGGUACCAUCACAAAUGCGAAAGCAGGCCAAGAGGUAUCAGGCAUUAGCCGGAAAAAUCGACGAUCUUUGCCAAAGAAUGCAAGCAAGCGAUCCAUGUGAAACGAGCCUCAGCUCAGAGUUUCGAACACAAAUGCAAACCGAAUUCUUGCUCGAAGCCUUUCGUCUCCAGCAGCGUGCAUCCGAGACCAACCAAAAGCUGCUGGGCCUUCAGACAGAAACGGGCAAGAGCUACCUUGAAGGCCCGGCCCAAUUGGCCACAAAACGUUCAUUCGACUCGAUCAGAAACAAUUUCAAAGAAAUUCAGAGGAAUUUGGAAAUAUGGCUGGCCAGGAUCAUAGGCGAUCUCGAAGGGCUGUUGGCCCGAGAUGGUGCUUCUCGUGCGAGAGAAUAUUACGUCUCGAGGUAUCCCUUUGUGCAGUAA